GUGGGCGGUGGGCGGUGCUGCCGGUAGCGUGGGGGCUGUCCAAAGGCGACAGGGCGUCGCUAGGGCAGCGAUUUGUGAUCGGUUAGGCAGUACGUAGCGUGGGACGAAGCCUUGGCUGCUGUUUGAUUACGUGCGGCCUCCCCUUCAUGUCGGCCCUCGAGAAGAGUAUGCACCUCGGCCGCCUGCCUUCUCGCCCUCCCCUACCCGGCAGCGGGGGCAGUCAGAGCGGAGCCAAGAUGCGAAUGGGUCCUGGACGAAAGCGGGACUUUUCCCCUGUUUCUUGGAGUCAGUACUUUGAGUCCAUGGAAGAUGUGGAGGUAGAGAAUGAAACUGGCAAAGAUACUUUUCGAGUAUACAAGAGUGGUUCAGAGGGUCCAGUCCUGCUCCUUCUGCAUGGAGGAGGCCAUUCUGCCCUCUCCUGGGCGGUGUUCACGGCUGCGAUCAUUAGUAGGGUUCAGUGUAGGAUUGUGGCAUUGGAUCUGCGAAGUCAUGGUGAAACAAAAGUCAAGAAUUCUGAAGACCUGUCUGCAGAAACAAUGGCAAAAGAUGUUGGCAAUGUGGUUGAGUCCAUGUAUGGGGAUCUCCCUCCUCCAAUUAUGCUGAUUGGACAUAGCAUGGGUGGUGCUAUUGCCGUCCACACAGCAUCAUCCAACCUGGUGCCAAGCCUCCUGGGUCUCUGCAUGAUUGAUGUUGUGGAAGGUACAGCUAUGGAUGCGCUUAACAGCAUGCAGAAUUUCUUGCGUGGUCGUCCUAAAACCUUCAAGUCUCUGGAGAAUGCCAUUGAAUGGAGUGUGAAGAGUGGCCAGAUUCGAAAUCUAGAGUCUGCCCGUGUCUCAAUGGUUGGCCAAGUCAAACAGUGUGAAGGAAUUACAAGUCCAGAAGGCUCGAAAUCUAUAGUGGAAGGAAUUAUAGAGGAAGAAGAAGAAGACGAGGAAGGAAGUGAAUCAGUAAACAAGAGGAAAAAGGAAGAUGACAUGGAGACCAAGAAAGACCAUCCAUACACCUGGAGAAUUGAACUGGCAAAAACAGAAAAAUACUGGGAUGGCUGGUUCCGAGGCUUAUCCAAUCUCUUUCUUAGUUGUCCUAUUCCUAAGUUGCUGCUCUUGGCUGGUGUUGAUAGGUUGGAUAAAGAUCUGACUAUUGGCCAAAUGCAAGGGAAGUUUCAGAUGCAGGUCCUCCCCCAGUGUGGCCACGCAGUCCAUGAGGAUGCCCCAGACAAGGUAGCCGAAGCCGUUGCCACUUUCUUGAUCCGGCACAGGUUUGCAGAGCCCAUCGGUGGAUUCCAGUGCGUGUUUCCUGGCUGUUAGAGAACUGCUCUCCAUCCCUCCCUCAGCAUUGAGCUCUGUUGUAAAUACAUUGCACCAGAGGCCACUGUGAUGCCGCUGUCUCCUCACCUUCCCAGUCCAGCCGUGUGACACCAGCUCCCGGUAGAACAGGCAUCCCCAGAUGUACAAACCCUUUCGUGUUUUCCUGCCCAAAGCAUUAUUUCCCAGGGCCCUUGACCAGCAUCGGCCUGCCUAGUCCAGGGCUCCCCAGCUCCUCCCCUCUCCUUGUACAGGGGAAGCGUCUGCCUAUCUCUCUGCCUUGCCUAGGGUAAAGCCUCCAUCAGAGCUGCCACCCUGGGCCCCUACUCCUGGCAUCAGGCCACACACCUGGGUCCAAACGUCUCCCCAGACUCAGGAACCUCCAUUCCUUGAAAUAGUUCUUGGCAUGGUCCCGCCCUACCUCAUGGGAUGGACGAUGCACAGGGUGGUCCUUGUUUUUCCCCUUUCGAAUAAAAUACCUGUCAGGUACCUUUUUAUCCCAGUCAUAUUCUUUCAGGCUCAGGAGACCCGGAAAGGCCGGGAUCCCAUCCUUAGGUACCGGGAGGGGUAGUGAAUAGCAUCACAAGAAACCAGCCUGAAAACCAGGUGCAGCCAGUCUAAGCACAUGGCCUCCUGUCUGGGGAGAACCUCCCGUCCCACUCCCACUUGUCUGGGCACCUGCCCUGGGCUGAGGCCAGGCUGUUCCAGGGGACUCUUGAGCCCUCACCUGCCACAGAGCAACCCAGGUUAAAUACAGCCCAUGCACAAAGCCACAGGCUAAAAGCCUGCUGGAAUUGUUUCUAAUAAUUAUUCAAAUUUAACCGUUUUCAUGAUUGGUCCCUGAAGGUGUGCAUAGUGCCUGCUUGCCUCUUCUAGACCCACAGCUUCUCUUUACCAUUUCUGGUUUCCAUGUCACUCGUCAUAGAAACAGUACAGCUCUGCAUCCCCAGUUCUUGCUCUCUUGCAGCUGCUGUGUCACAGCGCCGCGGCUGCCCCUGCUGCCCAGGCAUGCCAUUUCCACGGGCAGGGCGGGGCAGUCUCCUGAAGCCCAUCUUUUCUGUGACUGUCUUAGGUGAUGCAUAGCCCCCUCCACCAAGCAGCUUCCUAUCCCUGUCCUGCUGCAUGGUCCAAAGUGUGGGACCUACUUUGUUUUUUUGUUAUUUAUGACCUUGUUUAAAGAAAAUAAAUAUUUCCCAACCUUU